GGCCUAGAUGUUUUCCGUCCCCCCACUGAUUCUCCCGAUAAAAACCAGCACCGCCUGUUCUCUUCUUGCUCAGUUUCUCUUUCAAACGCUGCAAACUGCAGCUGGGAAGUUUUGGAGCUAAGAUCUUUGGCUCAUUUAUGAAAUUCACCCUUUAAUUUACUUUAACAUUUCAAUUUAGUACAAAAUGCUUUUAAGGAGCACAUCCACGCCGUUACUUAAUUCAUGGAUCCCACACUCGAAGGAGCCGUUGCCGGAACCCGAGUCGUCGCCCCUGAUUUCCCGAACCCGAUCCGUUUCCUUCAGAGUUUUGUGUUCGGUUUCUGUCGGGUUGAACGACGAAUCGAGGCGGAGUAUGACGAGGGCGGUUUCGGAGACGGAUCUGAGGAUGAUCAGCUCUCCGGUGGUCCCUAAGAUGGGCAAAGUUAAGCACAAUAGCGGGAUCUUGAAUGGGAUCUUUGUUGAGGAAGAAGAGGAGGUGGAGAAAGAAGAAGCUGGAUUUCAGUGGCGGAGAACAGCGUCGCUCGUGGUGGAGGAAGAGUGUGGAAUAGGCAGCGGUGGCGAUGGUGGUGGAUCCGAUACUGAUGAUAACGAAUGGAGCUCGUGGGAUUCGAACAACAGAAACGAUGGUACCGAGUUGUAUUAUCAGAAAAUGAUCGAGGCUAAUCCUGGAAAUUCACUUCUCCUAAGCAAUUACGCUAAAUUCUUAAAAGAGGUCCGUCGGGAUUACGUGAAAGCCGAAGAAUACUGUGGGAGGGCGAUAUUGGCAAAUCCAAAUGACGGGAAUGUUCUAUCUAUGUAUGCUGAUUUAAUCUGGGAGACUCGCAAAGAUAGUUCCAGAGCUGAAACUUACUUCGAUCAAGCUGUUAAAGCUGCCCCUGAUGACUGUUAUGUGUUAGCGUCGUAUGCUCGGUUUCUUUGGGAUGCUGAGGAAGAAGAUGAAGAAGAAGAAGUUGGGGAAAUUUUGAGUAAAGAAUCAGAGCAAAGCUUUAUCCAUGUAGUUCCUUCAAUGCAUCCUCCUUUGACUGCUGCUUCUUAAGACUCUUCUGACAUGGUUUUUUUUCUUUCUGACUAUUGUUAAUAUUACCUUUUAUUUGGUUUGUGUUAAGUAGAAAUGAAAUGAGUGGGCUUUGUAGUUAUUGAGAACUCAGUUUUGAUCUUCUCGUUCUUGGAAUUGGAAGUACCCAUCAUGUAAAA